AUGCCCUUCUUCAAACAGCUGCGCCGUCGUUCCAAGGCCAGCUUCCAUGCCUCCUCCAGAUCCACCGACUCCAAAUCAUCCCACAAUGUUGAGAUGGUUUCGGGCAAGUCGGACUCAACCAUCGACACUUCCUCCUACGCCUCCAUCACUCCGCCUUCGUCCAUCAAGCCUAACAUGUCCUCGCCAAACCUGCCCUCCUUGACCGAGCUCAAUGGCUCAACCACCCCAGUGCCUCCCCUACCGCAGCAGCGCCCAGGACCCUUCGCGACGCAUUCGCAGCGCAACAGUGUCAUUGGUAGCAGUUCGUCCUCUAUCAACGGCCUGUAUCGCUCGCCAACACCCAGCUCGCCGUAUGCGCCGCGAAUUGUGUCCAUUGCCGACAAUUCAUGGGUGCACCAAAAAGUACUACUCGUAUACGGCCAGAUUGGAGAUCCACGAAAUCAUCCGCUGGACGGAGGUAUAACGGUGAACCACCACCAAGAAACUUUCCCGGCGACCGGCUGGCCGGUUACAGCGUCUCACUUCAAAGCUCUGAUCCAUUUGGUCCCGGGGCCGAAUCGCCUUCGGCUGGACUUCAUCUCGCCGAAACUAUCGUCUGGAAGUGCGCAUCCGGCCGUUCAUUCCACGUAUCUCUGCAUCAACUACCUCCCACUGGUUAACACGCCUCCAUUGCAGCUAGUGGUUCUACUGGGGAAGGAUUCGGAUGGCACGUACGAUGCGGUGCCUGAGAGAGCGCAGCGUGAAGGAAAUGGACUGGAUAUGGCCAUCCGGAAAUACCGAACGGCGGCAUAUCUCUGGCAGGCCUUCACGGGGGAGCAGAUGUUCCGCAAAAACUUCGGGCGGCGCUGCUUCCGGUUCGAGGAAGAGUGGCAAUCGGGAACACUCAGCCGCCGUGAUGCAGCGUCAGGCAACAUGCGUAACGAGGCUAAGAUUCACAUCGUUCGCACGGAGAAGACAGUGGCAGAGCUCCGGGAUCUCAACAUUGCUCAACAAAACAGCAAAGCCGAACACAGGGAUGAACUAUUCAAUAUCGCCAAGGAAGCAGUGCGAAACCAUUUCCAACCUCAGCCCGGGCAGAAACAAUACGUCUCCGUGCUCCUGCUCGACUCUCACUGGGACACGGACUCGCAGAUCAUCACCGGCCAUGCCGCUCUUGGCUCGGCUGGAGACGAUAUCAAGAUGGCCAUCUUCGGAUCUCACAGCCUCCAAAGCUAUCCAUCGUGCUUGGAAGAGGUCGUGGAGGCAUUUUCGGACUGUACCCGGACAGACACGAACCAUAUUGCAAAUGACUGCGGCGAAGCAGGCUCCAACUGGGAGUCUGCCAACCUUGGCAUCGGUGCUCACCUGCACGAGGUGGGUCAUCUUUUUGGGAGCCCCCAUCAAGAGUCCGGUAUCAUGCUCCGAGACUACGUGCGUCUUAGCCGUUCUUUUCUCACCAGAGAACCCUUCGCGACCCGAACAAAGACACAAGGCUUGAAGGUGUGUUUGCCGAACGACGAAUGUGGCUGGCAUCGGCUCGAUACACUGCGCUUCCGAUUUCAUCCGUGUUUCCGUCUUCCCAGCGACUCGAUGGUCAGUACGGAGGAUAGCGUGCAGGUGUGGCCGGUGGAGAACGGCAAGAUCUUGUUUACUGCCUCUUCGGGAGUCGCCUUUAUGGAACUGUACGCGGAGGGGGACACGUUCUGUCACAAUUUUGUCGAGUAUCUGAACACGGAGACGGGCAGCAGCAACGGUCUCCCGAAGCAAGUCACGGUGACCGAGAGCGAGCUCCGCCAGCGCGUCUUCGGCAGCGAAAAGGAGAAGAAAAAGAAGAUUCGGCUGGUCGUGUUUUCUGGGGCUCUCGGAAGCUGCACUGUCGAAGACCUCAGCCAACUGAAGUCGAAGAACGCCCUGGUCAAGCUCCCCAAGGGUCAGUCCGGCUACAAGAGCGGGAUAUUAGGCCAGUCGACCAUGGAGGGGAGCGAGCCCGAACAGCUGUUGUUGGAUUGUGCCUUUAUCAACACCAAGCUUAUGACCUCGAUCAAGGUCUAUCAUGGGUACGCGGUGGAUGGGAUCGAAUUCUGCUAUGAAGAUGCCACCACGCAACUCUUCGGGAAGCGUGGAGGCAAGCCCGGCGGUGAUGAGUUUGUACUGGAUACUCGGCGUGGGGAGAUUCUGCUUGGAUUCUACGUUCGUGCCGGGCUCUGGAUUGACGGCAUUGAGAUUCUCACGAGUCUCGGGAGGAAAUCGGGUGUGUAUGGGAAUGCCGCCGGCGGAUCUGGGUAUGGUCCCUCGUUGACUCGCAAAGAAGAAAUCUUACUGACCAGCCACUCCAGCCACACCCUGAUCCCACCCCUGGGGUAUCGGGUCGCAGGGAUCUCGGGCUCCUGCGCCUCAUGGAUUGAUGGGUUUUCGUUGAUCAUUGCGCAUUAA